GAGGGGGGGCAGAAGCCGUAUUCUCUCAUCACAGAUCGCCGUAUUAGCUGUGCUGUUAUCUACUACGCAUUUGAAAAGGCUCCGUAGACCCGUUGGUGACGAGGUGCAAGAGCUUCCCACCUUUGUCCGCGCCACGGCCGAUAACUGCCGCGCGGUUCAGAUUCUCGGCUCAUUGUCAGCGCUUCUCGACGCGUUUUUCGCUGAUUUUUUUCCGGGCUUAUCAGCGUGUGAGCGAAUGCUGGAUCUGUUUACAUCAGCCCUGACGCACGCCGGCCGUCGCUGUCUCUGAGCCCCGGCAAUCAGUCAAUCAGUCGGUUUUAGCCGAGCUUCUGUUGCAGUGAUAACCGACGAUGAAGCUCCACCUCGCCGCCCUGAUUAUUUGCUGCGCAUCAUUCUGCGUCAAAGAAUGCAGUCUGCGUAUACACCACUCUAAAAAUGAUGUACGGGAAUCUGAGUCCAGUCCAGUGUUCAGUAAAACUUAUUCUUUAACAGCUACUUUGUACAUACCAUAUGCUGAAAUCAGAGAACCUCUUUUCGCCUGGUAUGACUCAAAUGUAGGAGCAAGCCGAAUUGAUUACUAUGGAGGAAUGAUGAAAACCUACCAGCUUUCCAACUCAGGGCAGUAUGGUGCUAGUAUCAAAGUCGUGCCUGUUACAACAGAGGAUGAGACCAAUGUUGAAAGCUGCAUGCAAGUCAAUGGUUCAGACAGUUACCAUAUCACCCCUCAGUCAGUCGUCCCUGACUUGACCAACUUCAAAUUCAUCGGACAAGAUAUAGUUGAUGGAACUCCAGUUGACAAGUGGAGAUAUGUAGAAUCUGAUGGCCACAAAGUUAGCAAGUACACUGCCUGGGUCAGAUACGAGCGAGUCAAUGGAAGCAAGACACCUAUUCCUGUUCGGUAUGAAAUGAACGGCUACAAUUCACUCUUAGGCUCUCACUUUGAUCAUUACUAUUUAUCGUAUGAUUCAUAUACUACAGAGUCACCAGAUCCAGAUGUAUUCAUCAUCGCAGAAAACCUGAAGUGCGGGAGUUUUCCUGGCCCUGGAGUUGAUCAUAUCUACACGUUUAAUCCUAUCAAAGAAUUCAUUGAAAAUUACGAUGAACAUGUCGACAACUCCUUUGAUGCAUUCAAACGCAAGCACAACAAAUCGUACAGUCCUUCCACUCACGAACACAUCAACCGCAAAGAAAUUUUCCGACAAAAUUUAAGGUUCAUUCAUUCAAAGAACCGUGCAAACCUUGGCUUCCAAAUGGCAGUCAACCAUCUGGCGGAUCGUAGUGAAAUGGAGUUGAAAGCCCUAAGAGGCAGGAAAUACUCUGCUGGAUACAAUGGUGGAUUGCCAUUCCCUUAUGAUGCUGAAAAAGAGAUAGCAGAUGUUCCUGAAACAUUGGAUUGGAGACUCUUUGGUGCUGUUACACCAGUAAAAGAUCAAUCUGUCUGUGGCUCCUGUUGGACGUUUGGAACAACUGGCACUGUUGAAGGCGCAUUCUUCUUGAAGUAUAAGUAUCAAGUUGUCCUCGCUCCUCAAGCGUUGGUGGAUUGUUCUUGGGGAUAUGGAAACAAUGGUUGUGAUGGUGGGGAGGACUACAGGGCUUACAAGUGGAUUCAGAAGCAUGGUGGACUUCCAACUGAAGAAGAUUAUCCCUACCUUGGAGCGGACGGUUUCUGUCAUGUGAACAACUCCAGGCUUUUUGGAGGUAUCUCAGGCUAUGUGAAUGUUACUGUAAAUGAUGAAAAAGCUCUCAAGGUUGCCUUGUUCAAGAAAGGUCCCAUUUCCAUCUCAAUUGAUGCGUCACCCAGGACAUUUACCUUCUUCUCAAAUGGAAUCUAUGAUGAUCCUGAUUGUAAGAAUGGUGUGGAUGAGCUUGAUCACUCUGUGCUUCUGGUUGGUUACGGGUCUCUCAACGGUAAAGAAUAUUGGUUGGUGAAAAAUUCAUGGUCCACCUACUGGGGCAAUGAUGGCUACAUACUCAUUUCUCCUGUCAAUAAUAUCUGUGGAGUGACAACAGCUCCUACUUACGUCCUGAUGAAAUAAAUUCAAGUAUCCAGUGAACAAAAUUAAUGGACUGAAAGAAUGGUUUUCGUCAUCAUUUUUGUUUGUAACUCAGGGUUACCAUUCACUGACUGAAGUACAAAACUACAUGUAAGUUUUAAGAUGUGGUUGUAAGGUAAAAAAAAGAGAAAGUUCAACAGUUUUUGGCUCCGAGCAUGGUACUAGGAAUAAUUAGAUUUUCCUAAUUCAAGCUGUGCAAGAAAUGCGAUAAACUAUAUACAUACCAAAAUUAAUACAUUAUUUAUCUGCAGGAAGAACUCGAGGAUGAAAACAAAUUUUCUAUCAAAACCAGUGGCUCUGCUUUGUUGGUUAACAAGUUGAUUUUGCGGUAGAACUGUUCCAAGAGUGAGUAAAAAAAUGUUUUUUAUCACUCAGUUUUCAGUUGAAAAGACGAUUUUAAGAAUUUGACCUGCUGCUUAACUUCCAUUUUAAUUUGUCUCAGGGAUUUUCACCCUAAUGGACGUGUUUUAAUAUGAGAGGAAUUAGAAGCCAAUGAAACCUCCAAAUCUUGUCCAUUUGCUUACAAUCUCUUUGUGUCCUUCCUCACCUCCCAAAAAUAAAUUUGUGGACAGCCCCAAACUGAGCAACAGUCUUGUGUCCUUUCUCAGGUACUUAAUAAUCAGGACUAAAAAUACUAUCAAUAGUGUGAAACUACUAUGAUUUUCUACUUUGUUCCCCUAUUGAUGUAUGAGGAUAUUCAUUCUUAUAAUAUUCAAAUCACAGGAAUCAUUAGGCAGAGCUUCACAUAAUUUAAGUUUAUAUACCAGUCCUAAGUCAGCAUUAUCAAAUGCUUCUCAAGUGAAAAUAGAUUUUUAAUCGCACAGUCAGCCCUAAAAUUUAUUUUCACACAGUUUAAACCUUUAAAGUAUGAACUUCAAAUUGUUGCAAGGAUAAAGCAGAUAUCUCUUGAAUGGAUGCAUUCAUGCUACGCGGAACUAUCUGCAAAUGCAUUAAAUUUAGAAUAACUGAGGGAUUUACAUACUACAAAGCUCUUUUUGAUUUAAAUCAUCAUAGUUCCUUUCAGCAUUUAUACGUCAAAAGAAAAGACUGAUUUUAAACCUCUGAACACUGAUCAAAAAUAAUUAAUAAGAUCCAUCAAUAGCUGGUAAGUAUCAACGUAAUGUAACAUGAAGUAUUUUCUAAUGCCUGUGUGUUCUCCUUAUUAAAACCUUAAACAGAAUGUUUGUCUUCUCAAUCAUACCUGACUCUAGUGAUCCACAACAUGCUGAUUUUAAAGAUUUUUUUAUUUUCUUAAUUAUUAUUUUAGGAACUGGAGUACAACAGUUUGAGUUGUCUGAAAUGUGGUUAGAGGGAACAAAGGUUCAAUCUCAAUAAUUAUGAAACAGAUGUUUUUGCUUAUCCUCAGAUGUUCUUCAAGUUCCCAGACUGCCAUAGGAUAGAAAUAGAAAUAAAGUAUCUUCUUUCUAAAA